AUGAAUGGCUCGGUGCCCGGCACAUUAUACCUCACAACCUCCUACCUCUGCUUCAAAUCGGCGGAUCGGCACACGGCACUCUUUAUCUUGCCACUCUAUGCCGUCAGCCGGGUCGAGCGUGUUUCUUCGCGUACAUUCCAGUUUUGCUUGUCAAUAAAGACAUGGCACAAGAUGACCAUGACCAUACAAUUUAUUGGCUUGCGCCAUGCCAACGAGCAUUUCUGCGACCUGCUCAAGAAAGGCCUGCAAGACAACUUGUCAAAUAUGAAGAUCCUAAAGCCCUUUCUUUCUGGUUGCUGGUCAGAACACUUGCUUGCACCAAAAAUUGAUGAGCCACCGGGAGGCAUGGGCGACAAGUUUGGCUAUCCGGGCGAUGUGAAGAAGCUGAAGGACCGCUCAAAAAUGCGAUUGUGGAAGGAGUAUCUCACAGAGAAUGGCCGCAACCUAACGCUUGUCCGCUUCCCGACAUUUUCAAAGCUUGUUCGGGUUGGACUGCCCAACAAGCUACGAGGCGAGAUCUGGGAGCUCACAAGUGGAGCGAUGCUUUCUCGGUGGGCGCAUCCAAAUGAGUACAGAGACUUGCAGGAAAAUAAUGCUGGCAAGAGCACGCUCAGUAUGGAGGAAAUUGAGAAAGACCUCAAUCGCAGCUUGCCCGAGUAUCCGGGUUACCAAGAAGACCACGGUAUUGGCGCACUCCGUCGUGUGCUCACAGCCUAUUCUUGGAAAGAUCCUGAGCUGGGCUAUUGCCAAGCAAUGAACAUCGUCGUCGCUGCUCUCCUCAUCUACACUUCUGAAGAGCAAUCCUUCUGGCUCCUGCAUACACUCUGCUCAGAGAUGCUACCUGGGUAUUAUUCUACAACCAUGUAUGGCACGCUUCUAGAUCAGAGCGUCUUUGAAUCGCUGUGCGAAAGGACAAUGCCAGUCCUGUGGUCGCAUUUCCAAAAGUCUGAUUUGCAGCUUUCUCUUGUUUCUCUGCCCUGGUUCCUUUCUCUCUACAUCAACUCGAUGCCCCUUGUUCUAGCUUUUCGAGUGCUGGAUUGCUUUUUCCUAGAAGGGCCGCGUGUCCUCUUCCAGGUCGGCUUGGCAAUCCUGCGCAUUAAUGGUGAAGAGUUGCUCGAUGUCACAGAUGAUGGCUCGUUUAUCGAGUGCCUGAAGCGCUACUUUCUCACCUUGGACGACUCGGCGCAUCCAAAUUCUGAAAAUCCCAAAGCGAGAGCAGUGACAAAGUUUCAGGAGCUCAUGGUUGUGGCAUUUAAGGAAUUUGCACAAGUCACACACGAAACCGUGAUCACUGAGCGGCGCAAGCACAAGGAGAAGACGCUCAACUCGAUCGAGUCAUUUGCCAAACGCACACAGAUCCGCAGCCUGAGUCAUACUGGCAAGCUUUCUUCAGACGACAUUUCCAUCCUCUACGACCGCUUCCACGAUGCGAUCUACAAACAGCGCGUUGGCUUCGGUGGUCUGUCCGAUACCCGCAUGGAUCAGCAGGCAUUCAAGUCGUUCAUGGCUGGCAUCGCUGACUGGGCGAAGGAGCCCGAUGCUCAAUCUGAAUUCAUGGACCGCCUCUUGCGUCGAUGGGAUGCAGACUUCCGCGGCUCACUCAGCCUACAAAACGUUGUGCGUGGUGUGGCGGAGCUCAAGACGGAUGAGUCGGCAUUACUUGAGCAUAUCGCCUACUUUUUCGAGCUCUUUGACGAUGAUGCUGAUGGAAAGCUGCACAGGGAUGAUGUGCUCAAGCUGACAGAGGCCUUACUUUGGAUCGCGCGGCGAGAGACAGAUGACCUGUACUUGUCCAGCAUCUCAUCCUUCAUCAAGACUUGUUUCACAUUUGCAGAGGAUGAUGCUGCUUCUACUGAAGAUGUGCCACUGGUAGAUCUGCCGACAGAAAAGCCUGUUGCCGCGAUACAGGACCAUGCCAGUAUGUUUGUCACGCUACCAACUUUCCGCAUGGUGGUACUGGCUGAUCCGCUGCUCGAGGCAUUCUUCACACAUCGCUUUGUGCGCAGCAUUCAGAUCACACCUGCAGCAAGUACGAAUCAUGUGCCAAAGGGCAUCAGAGGCAUGCUGGAUGCCGUUGUCUCUGAUGGAACCAAGCUAGCCAGCGAAAUUCGUAAACGGAUGGAAGACUAUGAAGACCAACAUACAAGCCAAGGAGCCAAAGUCGAGAAGGAGGAUGAAGGACCUGAUGCACACGACAGAGAGCUCUUGCAGAACGAUCUACUUUAA